AAAAUGCGAUCCUAACAUCUUCCUUUAGAUUUGAAGUGAAAUGGCGUCCAUCUGGACCUCGACCUCAACCUCGACCUCGACGUGCAUGACUUCACGGUUGCUUUCGUUCACUUGUUCGAGUUUGGCGAAGAGGCCGAAGCAGGCAAUAGCAUUCCCGAGCGUACAAAAGGCGGUGAUUUGGAAAAGUAAAAGGGUAUGGGGUUCUAGGGUUUUGGUGGGCGCGAGGCCGGGAGGGAUAGUGGAGAGCGACAAGUUGGCGUCGGAUGUGAGAAAGCGAACGAUGGAUGCUGUGGAUGGGUGCGGUGGGAGAGUGACCAUUGGCGAUGUGGCUAGCAGGGCUGGCCUCAACUUGAAUCAGGCUCAGAAGGCUCUCCAAGCUCUCGCUUCCGAUGCGGAUGGCUUCUUAGAGGUUUCUCAGGAAGGUGACGUUCUAUAUGUGUUCCCCAAGGAUUAUCGAUCAAGGCUUGGUGCCAAGUCUUUUAGGAUUAAAGUUGAACCCCUUUUUGAAAAAGCUAAGGCCGCUGGAGAAUACUUGAUUAGGGUUUCUUUUGGUACAGCGCUUAUUGCAUCCAUUGUUAUUGUUUACACUACAAUAAUUGCUCUUGUAACUAGCAGUAGAAGUGAUGAGGACAAUCGUGGACGGCGUGGAGGCAGGUCAUAUGAUUCAGGAGUCACUUUCUACUUUAAUCCUGUUGAUUUAUUUUGGUACUGGGAUCCAUAUUAUUAUAGGAGUAUCAACUCAUUCAUACAACUUAUAGGCCUCCUUGUGUUUCUCUUGGGCCGAACAUCUUGGGCUGGGGUGGCACUAAGGACUGGGUUGCUAUCACCUAUUCUGGAUGAUGAAUCCUAUAUCUUACCUGUGCUUUUACGAUUUGAUGGUCAGCCUGAAGUUGAUGAGGAGGGAAAUAUUUUGUAUAGGUUUCCAUCUCUGCAGAGAACAGCUUCUCAAAAGAUCAAGAGGAAAGAAUAUGUUGGAAGGAGAUGGGCAGAUUGGGUUGGAGUGGAGAAGUUUUUCAAGGAAAAAAAAUGGCAAUUCAGUAAAACUGGCAUGUCAGAGAGAGCAAUGGUCAUUGGCCUGGGUGGCCUUAAUCUGUUUGGAGUUAUUAUUCUUGGAACCAUGUUGAAAGAUAUGGCAGUUGCACCCAGUAGCUUCAUUAAAUUUGUAGCUGACAUAUUUCCUAUUCUUCAGAUUUAUGCUGGUUCCUUCUUCGCAAUUCCUCUUGUUCGGUGGUUUUUUAUUCAGAAAAAGAAUGCCGAUAUUGAAAAGAGAAACACAGCUAGGCAGCAGUGCGCACAAGUUCUUGAAUUGCCUGACACUUCACUAAGGCAGAAGCUUUUCAGUGCUCGGGACAUGGCCCAAAAGACAGUCAUAGGACAGGAUCAAAUUGUAUAUAGUACUGACAAGGACUUACUUGACCAAGAGUAUGAAGCUCGCGAAUGGGAUAAAAAAUUUCGGGAGCUAGAGAGGUUUGAUUGAGAAGCGUCAACUGUCAUACUGUUUUUACUUCCAGUUGAAUGAUUUGAUGUGCAAGUUUAAUCGCAAUUGCAUCGCAGGGUUUGUUUGGAAAAAAAUACAAGUUGAAAAGUUAAUUUUUAGCCAAGUUAAACAAACGAUGUUAAAGACACCUUAUUGAAUUAAGUGUUUUUGUAAAAUUAGUUUAAUAAAAUAUAAAAUGAUAUAAAAAAAAGCUUGUUUAAAUGUAUGAUUUUUUUGUUUAAAUUUUAUUUGUUUUGUAGUCAA